AUGCAAGCUGCUUCAGAAGAUGCGCGGGUGUACAAUGAUAACAUAAUUGAAGAUCUUUUGGAUGAGGCAAAGAUGCAAAUUGCUGAAUGCCUUGUUUCUAUUUUGAAGGUUGGCCUAGGAUUUGUUGGCAUGCUUCCAGGAAAAUCCCUGAUGCGAUUCAAAUCUGUGUCUUCAGAAAACGCCAAAGUGGAGAAUAGGCUAUCUUUUCGGCUGAAUACAGCGGAGUUUUUUCCAAUAAGCUUCCGACACACAGAGGAGAAGUUUGAGUUACUUCCCGCUCCUGAUCAAAUGAAACACUCGGAUCAUUCUCCUCUGGUGUUCUUAACAGAAAUCGAAGGCAAUUUCACGUUGGCGAUCCAAUGGAACGUUGUUAGUAGUCAAGUAACUCUCUGGAGAUUGAUGGACAGGCAGGGUCAGGUGUGGGAAAAGUCUCAAAUCAGGCUGCCAAGAUAUAGUCUUGUCGACCAAAAAAUUGGUAGCGUUCCUGGCAGCACUUGCUGCAGCACAGAUAAAAAUUGUGGCCGGUUGAGCGUUUUGGUUUGCCCUCGAUUUGGAUAA